AUYAUUCCGACCCCGACUCGAGCAACAGACGAAAAAGUCAUUCUGAGGAAGGAAAAAUAUUUCCUUCUGUUACCACUUCAGCGAUCCUUAAAAKAACUUGCUUUCAUAUCCUUUAGCUAGCUAAGACUCCUAUUCGUCCCAAAUCCUUUAAUGUUAGCUCAAUUUUAGCCAAAAAUAAGAUGUUUUUUCAGAAUGUUUUUACGCCAAGUUGGACUUAGGCGGUGUGUGCGGGUCAUAAGCAAGUUUGACCGGAUUCUGACCAAUCAACUGCCAGCAUUUUAUCCCCACGUGAUUUUCUCGGAAUCAUCAAAGAUGGCCGAUGCCGGURGUGAAGAUAAGCUGAGCAAGAAUGAGCAAAAGAGACGUCUGAAGGCGGAAAAAAAGGCUAAAGAAAAGGAAGCCAAACAAGUCGCACAGAAGGAAAAGGAACAAAAACCAGGACCUGAAAAACCGAAGAAUAAAGAAGAAGAUGAAGAAACACUUGAUCCAAAUCAAUACUUCAAGAUCCGAAGUCAAGCCAUAGAGGCUUUAAAGAGUACAGAUCAACCACCCUAUCCACACAAGUUCCAUGUGUCCAUAUCCCUGACAGAGUUUAUAGAGAAAUAUAAUGAUGUGGAGAAAGGGACUUGGGUAGAUGAAGUUGUUAGUGUAUCUGGUCGUAUUCAUGCCAAGCGUGCAUCAGGACCAAAGCUGAUAUUCUAUGAUUUAAGAGGGGAAGGCACCAAGAUUCAGGUGAUGGCGGAUGCCAGGUCUUCUGAACAGGAUUUUGAAGACACACAUGGCAAGAUACGUAGGGGAGAUAUUAUAGGUGUUGAAGGAAAACCAGGUAAAACCAAGAAAGGAGAACUAAGCAUCUUGCCGUCCAAGGUCACACUUCUGGYGCCAUGUCUUCAUAUGUUGCCUCAUUUACACUUUGGUUUAAAGGAUAAGGAAACCCGAUUUCGACAGAGAUAUUUGGAUCUCAUCCUCAACGAAAGAGUCAGGGACAAGUUUGUUGUCAGAGCCAGAAUCAUCAAUUAUGUUAGGAAGUUUCUGGAUCAGCUUGGAUUUUUAGAGGUUGAAACACCAUUAAUGAACAUGAUUCCUGGAGGUGCAACAGCCAAGCCAUUUAUAACACAUCAUAAUGAACUCAACAUGGAUCUUUACAUGAGAGUGGCUCCUGAACUUUACCAUAAGAUGCUCGUCGUGGGAGGAAUUGAUAGAGUUUAUGAAAUAGGACGGCAAUUUAGAAAUGAAGGUAUUGACUUGACUCAUAAUCCUGAAUUCACAACCUGUGAGUUCUACAUGGCCUAUGCCGACUACAAUGAUCUGAUGGAUAUUACAGAAAGCAUGAUAUCAGGUAUGGUCAAGAAUAUCACCGGUGGAUACAAAGUCACCUUCCAUCCUGACGCRGUAGAUGCAGAUAAUCUAGGAAAACCCUACACGGUAGAUUUCACUCCUCCAUUCAAGAGACUCAGUAUGAUCAGUGAGCUUGAGAAAGAACUGAAGGCUAAGUUGCCUCACCCGUCAGAGUUGGACACUCCAGAGGCCAAUAAAAUUUUAGAUGAUCUCUGUGUCAAACAUGGUGUKGAUUGUGCCCCACCUCGUACUGCAGCCAGGUUAUUAGAUAAGCUUGUUGGUGAAUAUCUUGAAAAASAGUGUAUAAAUCCUACAUUUAUCAUUGACCAUCCAGAGUGUAUGAGUCCCUUGUCUAAGUGGUGAGUAUUUAGUUCAUAGUAGCUUCCUUCAGUACA